CCUUACUCCCAUUCCCUCUCUUCUUCUUCUUCUUCGUUCCUCGUGGCUCAAUCAGCUCCUCUCGAGACCCAUCGUUGCUUAAAAACCCUAGCUUUGCGGAGCUCUCGAUUCCAUCCCAACUCCGAAGAGCUCUCCAGUGGUUGAGUGGAGGAUUGAAUCAUGGCUGCCGGGAGAUCGAUUCAGCAGCUCUUGAAGAGUAAAUUUCAGUCUCCGCCAUCUGCUUUUCUUCUGCUUUCUAGUUCUGCUGCAAAGCAGUCCCAUGAUAAUGUUGAAUCUGCUGGAAUGAAGUCACUGAGAGCAUUGGCAUUGCUUGGAGCAGGCGUUUCUGGUAUUUUGAGCUUUGGUGUUAUAGCCUCUGCUGAUGAAGCUGAGCAUGGUUUAGCUUGCCCUAGUUAUCCCUGGCCUCACAAAGGAAUUCUUAGCUCCUAUGACCAUGCAUCGAUUCGACGUGGUCACCAAGUUUACCAACAAGUAUGUGCCUCAUGCCAUUCAAUGUCUCUGAUUUCAUUCCGAGACCUUGUUGGUGUGGCUUAUACUGAAGAGGAGACAAAAGGUAUGGCUGCUGAAAUUGAGGUGGUUGAUGGGCCCAAUGAUGAAGGUGAAAUGUUUACUCGUCCUGGUAAAUUAAGUGAUCGUUUCCCUCAGCCAUAUGCAAAUGAACAAGCAGCCAGGUUUGCUAAUGGAGGGGCAUAUCCACCAGACCUUAGCCUUAUCACCAAGGCACGACACAAUGGGCAGAACUACGUCUUUGCUCUUUUGACUGGUUACCGUGAUCCCCCUGCAGGUGUUUCGAUUCGUGAUGGAUUACAUUACAACCCUUACUUUCCUGGUGGUGCAAUUGCUAUGCCCCAAAUGCUUAUCGAUGGUGCUGUUGAAUAUGAAGAUGGUACUCCUGCAACAGAAGCACAGAUGGGAAAGGAUGUUGUGACCUUCUUAUCCUGGGCAGCGGAACCUGAAAUGGAAGAAAGGAAACUGAUGGGAUUCAAAUGGAUCUUCGUUCUUUCACUCGCUCUUCUCCAAGCAGCUUAUUACCGUCGUAUGAAGUGGUCAAUUUUUAAGUCGCGCAAGCUAAUUGUUGAUGCUGUCAACUGAUCAACUUCAUCCUUUACUCUCCACGAUUUAUCGAAACCGUGAGAGAAGAAGGCAGUGAUAGUGAUGCCUUUUCUAGAUGUGUAUUCUGUGGAUGAUUAAGUUGAAACUAGGCAUGCAAUGUUUUGUGGGCCAAAUGUAAUUAGAAACCCUUCCAUCUUGAGCCAUUCUUUUCAGAAUGGGAAAACCCACUUGGACAUGCAAUUAAUACAUUUCCUUCUUCUUUUUUUUGUUGUUGUAAUUUAAGAAUCUUGUUAGAUUUGGACAACUACCAACUUUGUUAUGAGAUGGUUCCUUUAGUCAGAUGUGAUUUUGGGUUCUGA